AACAACUGGCACUUUACGACGUCGUUAAGUCAACCAAAAUUGCAAUCUAAUUGCAAUCUUCACGUGAUUUGCACAACUCCAAAAUCCAAGAUCCACACACCACCAUCGUCUUCUUCAACAACUUCAACUCUAAUCAUAUCGAAACACAACUCAAGAAACCCAACAAAAAUCCCCUUCUUCAUUAGAGACCCUUUUGUUUCUUGAAGGGAAAAUAGAAGCUGUAUUGGCGAGAUUUGGGGCAUGCAAUGCCAGAAAAUAAUGAUGCAGAGCAGGUCAGAGAUGGUUCAGGUGUAGUUGUAGAUGGAGGGGAAGUUUCAGCUUCUGUAGAACCAGCUGCUCAUAAUCAGGUGGAUGUUACGGAUCUAAAUGGUGGGGGAUCAGUGACUGCAGCAGAGUAUGUAGAGAAUGAUACAAAAGAUAUAAGAAUGGCAGAAGAUGGGGGAAGGGAGGACAUGUUUGUUGAUUGCCCUGAUGUCAUCGAAGGUCCUGAAACUCCGCGGUAUGUAGAGGAGAACAGUGAUGCACAGGAUAGUCGACUGGAAGGAUUGAGCAAUGGAUCACAUGAUCAAGAUUUGAAAGCUGAAGUAGAACACUUGCGCAAAAUGCUAAAUGAUAGUGUUGCUGAAAACGAUCGGAUUGCUCGAGAAGCUGAGGAAGAAAGAGCAGCAUCUAUGUGCGAACUCACUCGCCUAAAUGAUCAACUUAAGGAUCUGAUUGGUAGUCGGUCACUGCUAAAUAAAGAUGAUAGUGAGUUAGUUGAGAAUCUUCACCAAAGUAAAGCAGGAGUCAGGGAUUUGGCCUCUGGUGCCUCAUUGCAUGAGGUGGUAACAGAUGUCUCCAAGUUUCUUAAAGAAGCUCUGGAUGAGCGUGUUCAGACUGAGAGCAGAAUCAGAGAACUUAAUGACAUCAUACAUAUGAAGAAUCAAGAAAUUGAUGUCCUCAAUUCAAAAGUUUCUGAGCUUUCAAUGUCACAUGAUGUUGCUCUUUCUCAAUUAAAUUCAGAACAAGAAAAUUCUGCUUACUUGUCUGAGGUUCAACUUGAGAAAGAGCAUCAUAUGACAGUGAUUGCUAAUGAGAUCUUAGCAUCUCUUGCUUCAGCAGUUCCUCAAGAAGAAAUCUCUGAUGAAUCAGUUACAGGAAAAAUGUAUCAUGUCCAGAAUACGAUCUCAUUUUUAGUUGAGAAGUAUAGUGUUUUCCUUUCUGAAGUCAACCAACUUAGACAGAGUUUAACUGAAGUUGCACCAGACCACAGCAUGCAGGAUGAAGUGGGGGUGUUGGUUGCUGCACAUGAUGUAUUGGCUGAAUUUAGAACAAGAGAAGUGAAUCUAAACCAACAUUUGAGCUUUUUAAGUGAUGAAAAUGGAAAGCUGUCCGAGGAACUUAAUAAGCAUAAAUUGAUGGUUGAGAAUGCAAAUGCUGAAAUUACAAAGCUGAAUGCUGAAGUUGAACAGGAGAGAACAAGGUAUGCUAACACGAAAGAUAAGCUUAGCUUGGCUGUGACAAAAGGAAAGGCCUUAGUUCAGCAGCGUGAUGCUCUGAAGAAGUCACUGUCUGAGAAAACUAGUGAACUAGAGAGAUAUCAAAUUGAGUUGCAAGAGAAGUCGAAUAGUCUUGAGGCUGCUGAACAAACCAAGGAUUUACUGGUAAGAAGUGAAAAUUUAGCUGCGUCACUGCAGGAAGCUCUCAUUCAAAAGGAGAUGAUACUUCAAAAAUGUGAAGAGAUAUUGUCCAAGGCCAUUGGAAACGAGCAAUUUCAGUCAACAGAUACCAUUCAGAAAGUCCAGUGGCUUGCAGAUGAGAUGAAUGCAUCAAAUGAGACAUCUCUGCAACUCCAAAGAGUGAUAGAUUCCCUGGCAUCAUUUGAUUUUCCCCAGUCCGUACAAUCAAAUAGACCUGAUGCACAGGUUUCUUGGCUCCUGGAAUCAUUUUAUCUGGCUAAAGAAGAAGUAAUAAAGUUACAUGAGCAGAUGGUAGCAGCAAAUGAGGCAGCAAAUAAUGAGAUUGGUCAUCUUACUGCUUCUCUUGUGGUAGAAGCACAGGAUAGGAGCUACCUUCAAGAGGAAUUGGAUGAUUUAAAGCAUAAAUAUGCAGUGCUUUUCCAGAAAGAGCAACAGGCUUCAAUGGAUAAGGAUCAAAUCAUCAAUAUGCUGCUAGAGGCAUCUAAAAUCAACACACACGACCAAGAAUUGUUAUAUCAAAGCCAAUCUGACAUGACUUUACUCAUUAUGAAAUGCGUAGAGAAUAUAAAAGAAGAAAGUAGUGCCUCUCUUGAAUCCCAUAAGCAUCAGGUUGACUCCUUUGAACAGAUCCAGAGUAAUUUGUACAUUAGGGAUCUGGAAUUGAGGCUACAUGGUCAAAUACUCACAGAAGAGAUGUCAGAUAAAGCAGAGUUGAAUAGAUUGUCAAACCAUUCGGUCAAGGUUACUGAGGAGCUUUCCGCUUUAAAGGAAGAAAAGGAAUCUCUGGAGAGGAAUCUCGAACAAUACGAGGAGAAAGUUGCAUUACUUAGGGAAAAGUUAUCUAUGGCAGUUAAAAAAGGCAAGGGGCUUGUUCAAGAACGAGAAAAAUUGAAAGGGGCAUUGGAUGAGAAGAGUGCUGAAAUAGAGAAGCUCAAAUCAGAUUUACAUCUGCAAGAAUCUGUAUCUGAUGACCACAAGUUGCAGAUUGAUAAGCUCUCAGCUGAGGUGGACCGUAUCCCUCAACUAGAGACUGAUCUUGUUGCUAUGAAGGAUCAAAGGGAUCAGCUAGAGCAGUUCUUAGCUGAAAGCAAUAACAUGCUUCAGAAGGUUAUCGAGUCACUUGAUGGUAUUGUUUUUCCAGCUGAUUUGGGUUUUCAAGACCCCAUAGAAAAGGUCAAAUGGCUUUCAGGAUACUUAAGUGAGAUCCAAACUGCAAAGGUAGAGGCGGAGCAGGAGUUGGGGAGAGUAAAAGAUGAAGCCAGUUCUUUAGCCAACAAAUUGUUGGAGGUCGAGACAACCAUUAAAUCUCUAGAGGAUGCAUUAUCUGCUGCAGACAACAACAUCUCUCAACUCCUGGAGGACAAAAAUGAGCUAGAAGCUGCUAAAGCAUCAGUUGAAAAUGAAUUAGAGAAAGCAAUAGCAGAAGCUUCUUCUAAAACUGUGGAGUUUGCAAAUGUGUCCGCGGAUAGAAAAUUCAUCGAGGAUGCUUUGUCCCUGGCUGAGAAGAAUGUUUUUCUAAUAAAGAAUGAGAAAGAAGAAGCUUUACUUGGUAAGGAUGCUGCUGAAUCUGAGCUGCAGAAAAUCAAGGAGGAAUUCACUUUCCAUACCAACAAACUAAAGGUGGCGGAUGAAACUAUACAAUCCCUUGAAGAGGCACUGGCUCAGGCAGAAAAAAACAUCUUUCUCCUUACUGAGGAAAAUAACAGGGUACAAGUUGGUAGAGCUGAUUUAGAGAACGAGAUAAAAAAUCUCAAAGGCGAAGCUGAUUUCCAAAACAGCAAGCUAAGUGAUGCUUCCAUGACUAUAAAAUCACUAGAAAAUGCUUUACUGAAUUCAGAAAACAAAAUUUCCAAUCUUGUUAAUGAAAAGAAGAAUGCAGAAGAGGAACUUUUAGUUCUGACUUCCAAAUUAGAUGCCUGCAUGAAAGAGUUGGCUGGAUCACAGGGCAGCUUAGAAACUAAUGUUCUGGAGCUCUCUACCCUUCUUAGCCGACUUCAGUUAUUUCUGAAAGACGAGGCUUUGUUUUUCUCUCUCCGACAAGCUUUUGAGAAAAAGUUUGAGAGCCUAAAAGACAUGGAUCUUCUUCUUAAAGAAAUCUGGGAUUCUUUUUCUGAAAUAGAUUCCGGAAUGCUGCCAAAUUCUCCUGUGAAGGAUGACACAUCUUUCUCAACUCCUUCAGUAUCUGUUGUUAAUGAUGGUCUAAUCGAGGAAGUAGCCAAUGGUGAAGCAAAUGCAAUUGAUGGUGACAUCACAUUGCAUCUCGGGAAAACUGUGGAUGGAUUCCAAUUGAGAAACAAGAUUCUUGCUGAGAACAUUGGAUGUUACUCGCAAUUGAUGGAUGAUUCGAUCAGAACAAUACUUAAAAAACUACAGUUGACAAAAAGUAAAGCUCUACCCAUGAUUGAACUCGCAGAAUCUCUUAAGCAAAAGGUCAGAGAUGCUGAAGUUGGUCGGCAAGCGCAGGAAAAUACUAUACAAUUGUUGGAAAGGGAUCUUGAAGUUCUACUUUCUGCUUGUAAUGAUGCAACUAAUGAACUGGCUUUAACUCAAAAUAGAUUAUCUGAACUUGGCUCCAACUUUGGCCUGGAAAAGUUGAAGGAAACCUCACCCGAACAAUUAGGAAAUUUUGGUGAAGAUGCUGUAGCGCAUCAUCAGUUGGCGCUUGAUAGCAGUGAGUCCGCAAAGACCGCUGAGAAGCUGCUAUUGGCGGCUAGACACAGUCAACAUCUUGCUGAACAGUUCAAAACUGUGGUGGAUGUGAUGGUUGGUACAAUUAAAGAUUUGCAGGUUAAAUUGGAAGAAAGCAAUACUACUUGUGUGAAAGUCUUGGAAGAAAAGGAGAUUCACCAAGAGAGGAUCUCCCAACUGGAGACUAAUCUAGAAGCGUCAAAUGAUCAUUGCAAUGAGAUGAAGCUUAAGUUAGAGGAUUAUCAGGCAAAAGAGGAUAAUAUCAGGGAGAAAGAAGCUGAAGUUUUGUCUCUUAAUUCUAAAGCUUCACUGAAAUUUCAAGAGGCUGAAGAUUUAACCCUCUCUGCAUCUCAUAUGAAAUCUCUUUUUGAUAAAAUAAAUGGGAUGGAAACGCUCAUGGGGCCUGAUGUGAGAGAUGCAGAGGCCUAUGAUUCCCCUGAUGUCAGGAAGCUCUUUUAUGUAGUUGAUACUUUCCCCAGAUUGCAGCUCCAGAUGAGCUCACUGUCUUGUGAGAAUAAAGAAUUACAGUCAAGCCUUGAGAAACAGGCGCUGCAAAUUGAGCAUUUGCAGGAAGAAGUUGAAGAGCACAUUAGAGAUGAGGAGGACUAUGGAAAGAUGAAGAAUGAGUUGUUAGAACUCACAAUUGGUCUGGAAAAUAUGAUACAGAAGCUGGGAAGCAAUAAUUUGGUGGGUCUCCAGAAAGAGACUCCGGUGACAAGGUUGUUACCAGUGCUUGAUAAGCUGAUUGUUGCCAAAGUUUUGGAAUCUGAAAAUUUGAAAGCCAAAACAGAAGAGCUGCUUGCCGACUUGCAUGGGACCCAAAAGGUUGUUGAGGACUUAUCAAGUAAGGUUAAGUCACUAGAAAGUUCUAAUCAACUUAAGGUUAAACAACUUGAGAUCAACCAGGAAAGGGGCAUCUUUGAAACAGCUACCUUGCCUGCUCAGUCAGAGAUAUCUGAAGUUCAAGAUGUGGUGCCAGUUAGUAAGAAUUUAGCCUCUUCAGUUACAUCAGCUGCUCAUGUCCGAACUUUGCGGAAGGGAUCUACGGAUCAACUUGCAAUAAAUAUAGAUACUGAAUCUGAACGGUUGAUAAAUGACGAGGAAGCUGACCAAGAAAAAGGUCAUGCAUUCAAGUCUCUCAAUACAUCAGGUCUUAUUCCAGGGCAAGGGAAGAUGAUUGCCGACAGAAUUGACGGAAUUUGGGUAUCUUCGAGUCGAGCUUUGAUGAGUCAUCCAAGGGGCAGGCUAGGUCUUAUUGCCUAUUGUUUGUUCCUGCAUAUUUGGUUGUUGGGCACCAUUUUGUGAUGAUUGAUCUACCAGUAGAGAGAUUGUUUUGCAGUUGUACAUUACAUAUUAUUGUCAUUCUUUUUCUUUUUUGCCUAAGAUGUAAAUGUUUAUAGGGUUACAGCAAGUUUGAUUCUCUGCAAUCACAUUUUUAGGGAUUCAGAGAAUGCAUUUGGGAGAAUAUUGGAUAGUUGUUACAUUAGCCAAUUGAUGUACUAGAGUUGAAUGCAAAUAUCUGCUUAGGCUAGGCUUCACUCUCUUUUAUUCACAGUCCGCUACAAUAAAUAAAUAAAUAAAUGUUCUCUUUCUCUUUUC